AUGAUAAUUUCCAGAAUCGGACCAUCAACUUGGCACAUUCCCAGACGUUUCGCCGGCAUCGUGAGCCUUGCCAUGACAGUAAAACUCAUCAAAGCGACAAGUGAAGUCAAUCCUUUGACCGAUUGUGUGCCCAACAGUUGUGGUAUCUCUUCUUCUGUCCCGGGCUAUUCACUUAUCCCAGAUCGUCCUAUCACCCCUUCAAUAUCACAAUUUCUUAAUGGUUUAUCUAUGCCUAUUGGAAAGCUGUUCACACUCCCUGCUGGCUUCCACAUCCCUCCCACUUGGACGGGAAUGUUGAUUCAAGGCUGUGAUUUAUUCUGUAAUCUUCUUUCUUCGUAUCCUAUCGGAGACACCUCUUGUUCCGUAGGAUUCUUCCCUUAUCUGCCUACGAUUUCACGCCAUCGCUGCCGCCGUAUCCGUGCUACUCACGGCGUUAUGCUGUAA